GAUGUGCACCAUGACGGCCUCACUGCUAGCGAGCAGGAGCCACCUGCAGGGCAGCCGCAUGUGCAGUGGAGCAGCCGUCACGUUAGCGUGAUCGUGAAGCCACCGGGCUGGGCCGUCUUCACGAGUUCAGACGUGAUGGUGGGAGCGAAGCAUCUUGUUUCGUGGGUACAGGGAAAGAGCCGGCAGCCUAUC